AUGAAAUCACUGCUGACUCUGUUUUUGGUUUUUGAUUUUUUGACUUCCGGCACUCAUGUGAUGAUCGAAGUUUGGGGGAAACCAAACUCUUUGAAGAAUGCUAAAAAUCUGGGAAAUAUUACAUGGAACAGUUGUAUGAUGGCGUGUCAUGGUUCAGAAGUGUGUAUUAUAGCUCACCUACGAAGCCAGGCUUGUUAUCUCUAUAAUGAGGUAGCAAUGGGUACAGUAAACCGCACUAAGCCACAGAACAUGGUAGUAGCUUUCAAAGCAAAUGCAACAAAUGCAAAUGGAGAAUGUUUUGAUGUGGAGCCUAUUGAAAUUAGUGGGGCCAUAUUUCAUUAUAAGAACACUUCUGAGAAUCCCAAAUGGAUUCAUUAUACAAUUAGUUUAUCUGGAAACCAGUGGAAAGUCGUGUAUCGAUUGAAGACGAUUUCAAUUUCGAUGAAGUCAGAAUUGUCAGUAAGCUCUCGAGACGUCGUCAAAAAUGUCAAGUCUAUUGGUCAGUUGGCAACUUUUGGUCCACGAUCCAACGACAGAGAUAAAAGGAGGAUUUACAAAAACAACUACAGUUGCUCAGAUGGCACUUGGGCAGUAUUCCGUUCCGAUUCAAGUAUUGCCUGCUAUACGAAACUCUAUGCUGUACAGGGCCCUGGUGACUUCAAUUACACCUACUCUAAAACUGGAUGUGAACAACAAUCGGGAAGUCCUUUAGCUGGCCUUCAUUAUAAGGAAGAUAUGAGUUAUAUGAAUAGUUUGGUUGAAGCAUUGAAGCCAGUCAAAGGAUUGGAUAGUUUUUAUUCUAGAAUUGAUGGUAUUCGAACCACCGCUUGCCAGAAAACUCCAACAACUGAGUAUUGCAUGUCGGUGAAGGGUUUCAAUUUUGUGGGCCAACCUGUGAAAUCCUUUGACAGCUACAACUGGGUUACCAAUUCAUCAUCUCGAGAAAAAAGUGGUUAUGACUGUUUGGUUCUUGUUUCAGAUAAAAAGAAACCGCUUCGUGUGGAUGUUAAGAGUUGUACCAAAAACUCUCCACUAACUGUUCAACUUGUGUUCUGCUCAAAACCGGCGUUUACUUAA